AUGGACACACGACAGCAUGAGACAGGCCCUUUGGCUACACGUACCAAUGGACGCAGCUCUUUACCUCUCGUCAUCAACAAAGGCGGCCGGAAGCCGCUCUUCCAGAAGCCCUCCCGAGAGAGUCUUGGUGGGGUCCCCUACACCAACGACACGAGACCCGGCAUGGCCAGAAAUGCAUAUUCCGAUGGCCACGCCCUCGCCGUCGGCUCCAUGAUCCCCCGCCCCGGCUCGGUCUCUCCCUCACCAUCCAUCGCCUCGAACCACAGCGCCGACAGUGCAUCGCGCAUACCCCGACCAAGCUCCGCUGCCGGCGUCUUCUCCAAGGCGAGGGGGUCCAUGUCCAUUGCUGACGCCUACAAAAUGGCCGAGGCCGAAGAACACCGCUUCGCAUCGGCGCCGCGGACUCGACGCCUGUCGCCCCUGCCCAUCGACGGCUCCCCGAGCCCUGCGCCUCGACCCCGCCACUCCCUGCCGGCCUCGGACGACGGCCGUCUGCGCAGGAUGCUGAGCAAGGGGCCCCUCGAUAUCAAGAACGCACGCCCGCGACACGCCGACAGCGCCAUCUCUGAAGACGAGGGCGGGCACUCGGCCGACAGCACCUCGAGCACUGGCAGUUUCGAACGCCGACUGAGCGCCUACGCCCAACAGCAGCAGCAGCAGCAGCAGCAGCGGCACUCGUCCAUCUCGCCGAGUCGCCGGGCUAGUCUCUUCGGCAACUCGAGGAUAGGACCCAAGAUUGCCGAGACGGGCCAGACGCUGGCGAAGAAGACGAGCACCGGCAGCCUCAGCGGUACGAGCCCUCGACCAGCGGCAUUUGCCAAGGGACACGUGCCCAAGGGCUGGGUGACGCAUCUCUUGACCCGCGAGGAGCAGAAAGCCGCUGCCGUGAAAGAAGGGAAAACCUUCAAAGAGGAUUCCGCCGACAUACCCCUCCCCUCGGUCGAGGUUGAGGCCGACAAGCCCCAGGAACCCACACCGCCUUCUUCCCGACCCACAUCCGCCAUUGUCCCCAAGCUGGAGGGGCGUUCUCCCAACAAAGACUUUGCUUGGCAGAUCGAGGACGACUUCACGGCCGGCGACCUGCAAUUCUCGGACAGCCCGCGAAUGAACCUGGACACUCUUACGGGGGAUGUCGCCUCGCGCAUGUUCGCCAAUGAUGCAGCCUUUGAGCGGAACCAAGACGUGGCUAUAAAUACCAAGCUCGACGACAUCCGACAGCGCGAGCGCGAGGUCGAAGAGGCCUUUGCCGGACGGGAGGACGACCUGCCGAAGAACACCAAGCUAGACGAGAUCAGAGAGCGCGAGAAGGCGUUCACGUCGAAGAAGGCUCUCGCUGCGAGUCGCCUGGAUGACAUACGCGAGUUCAACAUGUCGAGAUCACUCUCGCCCGAAGCGGCGCCCCGUCCCAACCGCCAGUCUGUCCAGGAGCCCUCGAGCAAUAAGAGCCCGACCCACAGGCGCACCUUGUCCAAGGACGACGGCGAGCGUGUUCCCAACACACCUGUGACGGUUUACCGCAAGCCAAACGAACAUGAGGAGGCCAAGACGACGAACGCUGAGCCGGCACCUGUGUUUCAGGAGGCGCCACAGCAGGUUGAUGUACCGGAAACCUCGAGACCAGGUCUCGAAGCUGAAGAAGCGCACAGCCGCAACGCCUCGCGCUCGCGACGAAACAGCGCCGACUCGAAGAAAGCUCCUACGUCAGAAGGCCAAGACUCGGAUAAGGCGAAGCCCUCGGUCAACUUUCUCGGGAUCCGGCGAAACCGCUCCAUCGACUCUAAUAAGGGAAAGAGAACGAGCGUGGCCCUGUCUGACAAUGACCCCACGGAUCGAAUCGAAGGCGAGAUGAACCUGUUUGCGCCAACGGAUAACCAGUCGGAGCGCGGUUCCGUCCGGGCCCCAUCGAUUGAACCGUCCAGCGAGGAGGACUCCGACGAUGACCUGGUUGAGGAGACGCCACGACCUCUGCGACGAGACCCCUUGUCCAUGCCGACGCCAAGGAUCACGGGCGCAUACGUCGAGACGCCUGCGCCGUUCAAAGUGGAAGAGAAGGAGACGGAAAAGGUUUCGGACCUCCUCAAAGAAAUCCCCGAAAUCACAGGCAACAAAGAUAGAGCCCCUUCCCAUCGAAAGUCCUCCGCUUCUUCGGCAGAGGCACCCAGGUCCAGGUCCAGGUCGAAGUCUUCUGGAAGUGUCCACGAUACGCACGAACAAGCGCUCGACUACCCAACGUCGACGACGUCAACAAUCCGUCAGAGAGCGCGGUCGCUGCCUAAGAAUCGCCGCCCGCUGAUAAACUCAGUGAAGCCGCCGACGGUCAAGGACGAUCUGCGCGACAUUCAGCGUACAUACUCUCUUGAGGACUCAACACUCGACGAUUUCGAAGAACUCUUUAAGCUUGGCAGGCUUGAUAACGCACCCUCUCCCGAGAUUGAAUCCAUCCUCAACGAGCUGUCAAGUCAGCGUGAGGAGCUCGCCAACAAACCAGUCAUCAACGAGGCGGAUCACAGCGAGCUGGAGCGGUACGACCGAAUCACCAAGUCCCUCAAGAACGGGCUCCAGAACAUUCACGCCGCCAAGCAAGGCAUCGAACGUUUGGAGGACAAUCUCGCCCACACUGACGUCCUCGAUACCAAGAAGGAAGAGCAUGAAGUGGACAUCAAACCUUCUGCCCUGGCCUUGGCAGACUUCAAGGAGCAACGCUCGGCGGACAAGCCGUCUGACAAGCCGCCCACCAAGGUCGUUCCCAGUCAUCAGCACUUGGACCACAGCGACACGUGCCCUGACUGUCUCUCCCAUUCUAUUCCUCGUGCCCCAGUCUCCUACGUCCACUUUCCCUUACCCCGGCUCUACCAAACCAACCCCUUCCGCCUCAGCCUCCUUGGUCUUCUUGUCACUCUCUUCUCGGUCUGGUAUGCCGCCGAAACAGCAACAUGCGCUCGUUACUGCCGUCCCGAAUUCUGCUCUACCACACCUUGCAUCUACGACGUCAACGACCCAACUUGGGGUACCGCCAUUCCAGUCAAGCUCGACGCCGCCCUCACCAACGGCCGCGGCCGCCAGCUUUACGCCCAUCUUGCCGAGGAGGCUUCUGACGCGUAUCUCGACGCGUGGGACUGGAUCAACGGUGUCGACAUUCGUCAUGUCAAGAUGACGUCCCUCGAUGCCUACGCGAGGAUACAACACAGACGCCGUCUCCACAAACGCGGUCUUCUCAAAGCGUCCGUCGUGUCGCCGCAGCUGGAGCCCAAGUUUAGCAUGUGGCACCAGACGCGGCUGGCUCUGGAGCGGGAGCGCGAGAUGAGUGAGGCGGGCUACGUUGAGGAAGAGGAGAUGGUCGGGGAUGACGAGAGGCUUUACUAG